AUGUCGACACCUUCGCGUCCGGAACGGACGCAGUUCUUCGACAUCAGUGACCAUGAUGGGGAUAUCCCACGUCCCGCGGACUUGCCGCCAGUUCCUGGUGCUCUAUUCCCUGGCGGACCGACUACAGCCAUUCCGAGAUCUUCUUUGUUGGGUCCGAUUGAUCAUGGCUCUCCGCCGGGAUGCAAUGCUGCGCCUGCUGAAAAGGCGUCAACGGUGCACUCUCAGACGAGUGGCAUCAAUCUUGAUGACAUUCUGAGGCGCGCGCAGCAACGGGUCGCUGAUGAUCAUCCUCCUGAAAGUCGCGGGCAAAAUAAUCCUGUUGAGCCCGUCCGACAAAAUUAUGGCCAAACGUCUGCCUCUUUUUCAGGGAGAUCUCCGAUUCCGACCGUUCCGUCCACAAAUGCCGCCGGAACGACAUCCGGCCAAGCUCCGAGUGUCAGACCCUUCCCUGUCGAUGAUGAUCUGGCCAUCCGCAGUGGCGUCCGCUAUGACCCUGAAACCCAGAGAUUUGCUCCAGAGCCCAAGCGGAGCCCUACAUUUCCGUGCCAGAUCUCAUAUGAUACGCGAACUGUUCCGGCAGGAAAGGGACCUUCAAGAUGGUAUGAUGCAAUGCUUGGCCGAUCCAAUCUCAUUGGCAGCGGUUCUGGUGCACCUGUUCUCCAAAGCGAGACUGGUACCUUCACGCUAGCACCGAACGCAAGCGUCGCUGGGACACUGCGACCUGCUGCCACUGAUGAUGUCGAUGGAUGGACUAUGCCUCCGAUGCCCACCUUUAAUGCUAGAACAUCCGCACCUGCACCCAGUGCUGCGCCAUCCGGAUUAGGCGGACCGCCGCCCGCGCAUGGCGGUGACGGUGGUCCUUUCGGUGGUGGUGGCCCCAACGAUAACGGGGGUGCAUAUGGUGGUGGUUUUGGUGGACAUGGACACCAUGGGUCCGGUUUCGGCCCUGGUGGCGGUGGUGGACCACCCAGUGGCCCGCCCAGUGGCCCGCCCGGUGGUGGUGGCCCUCCUGACGGGAAUGGCCCGCCUGAUGGUGGACUUGAUCCGCCUAGCAUCAGGCGCUCCGGCCGGCCGAGUGGGAAUGAUACUUUCCAGUGCGAGCGCUGCACCGGAACUUUCCCAACCACCGUGCGGCGAUCGUGCAUAUCUUGCCGAUUCUCGUGUUGCAAUGGAUGUUGCCGAGAUCCUUUGAGAAUCUGUCUCGUGUGUCUUGAGAGACAGACUGGGAAUCCGCCCGGUCCCAACGAUACGGGAUUCGGUGGACCCAAGGGCGAUGGAUCGCUGAGCGAGGCUAAGAAGGCGAAAUGCAAGUCCUUCCGACUCGAUCCCGAGCCGGAGCCUGCUCAGCUGCGGCGCUGGAUCGUCGACAUGAAGGAGCGAGUUGCAAAUGCAUUCGCAUACGAUCCCGGAUACGCACUCUCGUGGGUUGAGAUUCCCGAUGGUACACGAUAUGAGGAUCUCCUUGAUGAGUGCAAAUACGGAAUGCUUGAAAAUGAGUGCAACUCUGCUUUCCGUGAGUGCGUCCGAUCUAUUGCACUGAAGAAUAAGAUCCAGACCGAGACCGAGCGCAUGCAUACGAUAAACCGGCGACUCGGAAGUAGGCAGAUCUUGUGGCUAUUGUAUGAUUUCCUUCGGCCACAUGUUACCGGCGAUUCGACUUUCAAGCUCGUUGACCUAAUGAAGACCACGAUUGAUCGGUUUACUCAUGGAUCCGAGCAGGAAAGGCUGGAAGCCUUCUCCAAUCGGUGGGAUCAUGUUCUCGCUGGUAUCUCCGUCGAUCGCCCCGAAGACCCUGUUCUCUGCGCCCUCUUUUAUGAGCAGGUGCGUGAGUUCCGCUGUCUCGAGCUCGACAUGCAGCUAUGGGACAGAGACGUAUCCGUACGGAACUACGCAUACCUGCGAACUGUCUGCGUCAAUGCGAUUACAACUUGGCGCCGACGACGCAAUCAGGAGAAGAUGUACACCGCUACGAGGUCUACUUCUGCGCAGAGACGAUACGCUGAAAGGGAGUCCGUACCGAAGGAGCUCGCCGAGGCGCUCGUCACCCAGACGAUCCUCCCCGCGACGCGGGUCGCCAAGGCGAUAUUCCCGCAGUCCGGGACGAGCAGCUCCCGCACCGACUCGCCCGAUGUCGCGAUCCCCGCGAGGCGAAGGGCACACAUGAAGGCUGUGCUUUGGAGAGAGCAGGUUUUGCUCGAUGACGUUGAUGCCAAAACGCUAGGAAAUGUAGUGGCGGGUCGACCUGAUCUCCCUCGUGUGUAUCCGGCACUCCCAGCACCGAUCAUUAUUCACGAGAAAAUCGUGGCUGCGGGUGAAGAACCUGUGGGCGAGCUGGACGACAUCGGAGAGCUCGAUCUUGAUAUGCCCGGUGCUAAAGGUGACCAGAAAGGUGCAUCUGACGAUAUCAAGAAGGUGCCCGACAAACCCAAGCAUCAGUCGCCGCCCGAUGAACCGAGGGCGCGCGAUCUGAGGGAGGAGGCUAAGUCCAUUCAUCACCUCAUGACCCAUCUACCUAAGAAUCCCUACUGCGAUGCAUGCCAACGUGCAAAGAUGGAAAACGUUAAGUCAUUUCGCCAAGACUCACCACGCGAUAAAGGGUUUGAGAAAUUUGGCGAGCACGUCACCAUCGAUACUAUGGUGUUGCACGGGCUUGGCAAUCGCGGGAAUAAUGGGGAAACAGAUGCUGUGGUCUUCUAUGAUCUAGCAACUGAGUGGUUGGAGAGUGUUCCCGUCAAAGGGAGGACGAAUGCCGACACGCUUCGAGCGUUCCAGCAGGUCUUCGGCGAUCUUCAUGAUGUGAACUCGUUCUCCAUGGAUGUGGAGAGAAGGUGUGCACCUUCUGCGAUCCGGGAAAUCUACUGUGAUAAAGCCCGUGAGUUCAUAUCGACCUGCAAAAGGGUCGGCAUCUCUGUAAAACAUUCCACUCCUGGCAUGCCUCGCACCAAUGCCAUUGCCGAGAGCAAAGUAAAGCUUGUCCUUCAUGGCGCACGAGUGGCGCUUCGACAAGCGGGCCUGAGCGCCAAAUUCUGGCCUUAUGCGUGUAAGCACUUCUGUCAUGCUCGCAACAUCGAGUUACGCGAAGGACAAAGUGCGUAUUCGCUACGAUUUGAUGGCGCCGAAUUUGACGGUCAGAUUCUCCCAUUCGGAUGUCUUGUGGACUUCUAUCCCACGCCGGCACGGAAACAAACCCGGCGUAGCCAGAAAGAUGAAGUCGUGCUUGGCGAUGGUGAGGAAUAUGCCGUACCUGCACCUGGAGAUGAUGGAUUGGUCGAAAUCGAAGUUGGAUUCGAUGAUGAUGGUUAUCUCGAGUGGAUUGACGAUGGAGAUGGCGAUCGAUCUGGAUCCCUUCAAGGACCCGACAUCGAUCAACGCCUAUCAUCCUACCAGCGCCCCAGUAAGUUCUCUCCCACGAGCAAACCCGGCAUAUUUCUGGGUUACCACUUCGAGAAUGGGGGCAAGUGGGACGGUGACUAUAUAGUCGCUGACCUUGAAGACUUCAAACGCGACGCAUUACGUGCAAGCGUCCAUCAGGUCAAGAAGAUAUACUGCUCACCCAAGGAGCAAUGGACAUUCCCGAUGCUGGCUGUGUACGAUAAACAGACACGAUCAGUGUGCAUCAACGAUCCCGCGAUGCAUUCGAAUGUGCCAAAGCCGAGUGAGCGUCUUGACGCCUCCGAUAUGCUCGAUCUCGAAGAUAUCGAUGAAAUCUUCGCCCUUGAUGAGUCAACGCGAAUGACCGAUGAAGACAUUCGCCAGGCUCGCGAGGCUGAAUUACGAGCAGAGUCCUCUCAUGGAGGAGGUGCUGACUACUGGGAGUAUGAUCCGUCUGUGCAUAAGUGGACUUAUCACGUUGUUGUUCCAAGAAAAGCGAUGGUUCAUCCCAGUAAGACUCCCGGUUCCAUUGGGGAGUCGCCUGAUCCAUGGAAGCUGAGCACGGUGCGCAUAUCACAUGUCCAAUACAAGGACAAAAGCCCGGUUACGAUCUAUGAGACCGGGUAUGCCUUCGGCAAGACAAGACUCAUGCAGCUCUGGACCGGCACUGUCGAAUUUUAUGAUGACGGCUACGCCCCACCCAAGAAGAAGUUACCCCCUUACCACGGGUCAGAGAUCCUGGAGGGCGAGGGGGGUUUGCCAUAUCGUCAGAGUGUGCCGCGUUCCGAGCGUGCAUAUAAAGGGUCGCGAAAACCGAAUUCUAUCGACUCAGAAUCCUGGCGCAGCAUGAACCGCGCCGAACGGGAGGGAUAUGUAGAGGCUGAGCGCCGAGAAGCUGAAUCUCAUGCCAUGUCCCGAGAGGAUUCUCGCGAUGCCGUUCCUGUUGACAUCACUUAUGAUUCAGAUUAUGAAUCGGGUGCCGAACGGCAUGACAAGGAUUACUGGUAUCACGAUGUCGCAGCUGGCACGAUCACCCAAUUUCAUGUGAUCGAACGCCGAGCGCGCUUCAACCCUACUUCCGUCAAAGAUUGUCCCGUUGAUCCUGCGACAUUGACCGAUGUUAGGAUGACUAUGGCCAUGACUGACGGUACCGAGUUCACCUUGCAGGACUCAUGGAGAUCCUCCGACACUCGAUCUCUGCCGUGUCGAUGGACAGGAAAGACGGUCUUCGUUAUCGGUUCUUCCGCCAAAACGCAGGUUAAAGUUCGAACCCGUGUGCCGAACACCGAAAACACGGGGCGCCGCGUGCAGACUGCGAAUGGCUAUUAUGGACACGCAUUGCGUGCAAAGAGCCGUACUGUCGUGCCUGCCAAAUCUCGCGUCUGUGUCGUUACGGAUCUUGAGUUUGAGCCCCCGGGUGGUAUGUCCGCCCGUCUUCAACCGCUCCGCGGCAGUGGCCUCGAUGUUUGCCCGGCCAUGUACACAUAUAAUGAAGGGGCAACUCAGUCCGGUGUUGACGUCUUCAAUCCUACUGACAACGAUGUCAUAGUCGAGCCUGGACAAGACGUUGCGGUAGUCCAAUUCUACACUUCCGUGUUGGCAGCGGUUGAACUCGAUUUCACCGCAGAAGAUGUGGAAGGUGAUGUUUCUGCACCGGUUGAACCACCAGAUGACGGUCAAGCUGUUGAUGCAGCGCCUGCAAUGCCUGUUCGCCCUGAUCCUCAUUCACACCGAUCUCCCGAUUCAUCGGUCUUCUUCUAUAGUGCGUGUGUAGCACGGCCCGUUGAUCGAAAGGAACGUGCCGUCAACCCCAAGGCGAAAGCCGCCCUUGAUAAAGAGUGGAAUAAGCUCAUCAACCAAGGGUGUUGGGACUACGCAUCCGUGCGUGAGUGGCGCGAUGUAUCUAAUGAGGCUGUGGCGAAGGGGGAAACAGCCCAUGUUGGCCGUAUCUUCGAUAUAUGCGUUGAGAAGAACUCCGAACUUCCGGAGUCCGACCCUAAUCGCAAGUUUAAGGGUCGCGUGGUGUUUGAAGGAUGUCAUGUCAAAGACGAGGGCAAUAAUUGGGCUAUUUUCUCCGAGAUCACAUCUUGCCCGGCGACCAUGGAAGCUGGAAAGGCCGCCGAUGCUUUCGGCCUUCUUCCUGGUCAUGAAAUACAGGUUGCCGAUGGCGAAUCUGCAUAUACCCAGGCGAAGCUUGGUGGACCGGCCACGUGGGUCCGUUUGCCCAAGGAUCGUUGGUUGCCCGAAUGGCAUGGCAAAUAUCACGAUCCGGUCGUACGCCUCGUGUUGGCUCUUUAUGGGCACCCGGAUGCCGGUGGUUUCUGGGAACAGCACUGUGAGAAGGCUCUACGUUCCGUUGGAUUCGAGCAAUGUCCCGACUGGAAGAGUGUGUUUCGUCAUCCCAAACUUAAUCUUAUGCUCGUGGUCUACGUCGAUGACUUCAAACUCAGUGGACCAAAGGCCAACCUGGCCAAAGGGUGGGAACUCAUGGCAUCAAAGAUUAAAUUGGAGCCGCCCUCGAGCAUCAAGCGUUAUUUGGGAUGCGAGCAUGUUACCUUCUCCCACGUUGUUCCUAGUGCCUUUGAUCCGCGAUCCUAUUGGACGCGCUUCGAGGAACCCAAGAAGGCGUUUCCCGAGCUGACUUUUGGCGAUCGAGGUACCAGUGUCGCACAGGGCUCUGUUGGUCCUCGAGAGAUUCGAAUGAUCAAAUACGAUAUGCGGUCCUUCAUGGAACAAUGCGUUUCUCGCUAUGUUGAGCUCUGUGGUCCUAAGUAUAAAGCCACUUUGCGGUCGGCUGACACGCCGUUCCUCGAUGAAUCGCGACCGGAGUUCGAUACCAAUCCGGAUCGCCCUGCUGUAAACCGCCUGAUGGGCCAUCCCGUUGACACGCCUGUCCCUCCUGGUAAAGGCAUUCUCGGCGAUUGUGCAGCCGCCGUCCUGAUGAAAAUCCUGUAUGGUGCUCGCAUGGGGCGAUACGAUUUGAUUCGUCCUGUGCAGGCACUUGCCAGUCUCAUCACCAAGUGGGAUGGCUUAUGUGAUAAGAAGCUCCAUCGACUGGUGUGCUAUAUCAAUUCUACCCUCGAUCUCAAUUUGUAUGGGUGGAUUGGUGAUGCACCCGAGAUGCUGGAGCUUGUGCUCUACUGCGAUGCCGAUCUUGCGGGUGACCGUACCGAUUCCAAGAGCACCUCUGGUGUCUUUAUGUGUCUUCUUGGGCCGCGUAGCUUUAUGCCGCUUAAUGCUUUGUCCAAGAAGCAAACUUCUGUGUCGAAGUCUACCCCCGAGGCCGAAAUUGUCUCUCUUGACCACGCUGUGUAUAAAUUGGGCCUGCCUGCUCUGUCUAUGUGGGAGUAUAUGAUGGGCCGCCGUUUCCAAUUGCGGGUCAUGGAGGACAAUGAAGCCGCUAUUCGUGUCGUUAUCACUGGUCACAAUCCGAACAUGCGUCAUAUGUCUCGUACCCAGCGCAUCGAUAUCUCUGCUUUGAACGAGCGUUAUCACGCUGGGGAUUUUCUAUUCGUGACGUGUCCCUCUCAAUUCGAGGCUGGUGAUAUUCUGACCAAGGCCUGCACUGAUGCUAAGGUGUGGGGCCGCAACCUUAUGUCUAUUGGUCAUUUUCGUAAGGGUACUCUUAUUUCCUCCGGUAUGCUGUCUGCCGCUCCCGCUCUCCCUGCUCUCCCCUCUGUCUGUCCAACCAGGGGGGUACAUCUUGAAACCGGCCACAGCCCCUUCAACGAUUUCAUCAUCGACAUGUCUCGUCAGGGGGGUGUUUCAAUCGAUGAUGCUCACCAAUUCGGAGCAGCAGUAAAAUGUAUUCAUAUCGGAGGCGAAGGCAUAAUCCGAUUCCCUCAUGCUCGAAGUAUCAAUCUCAGUCUCGAUGAUAAUGCAAAAGGGAUUGCUAUUUCGAACAUCAGGGUUCCGCCUACGCCUGCGGUAUGUAUUGUCACUGUUCCGAUUGCUGGCACCGUUAAUAAAAGAGAAGCUGGUUUCAAGAACAGGGGUUGGAAAGAAAUGAGGGGCGACCUAAAGGAAAAAGGAUGGGAAGCCAGGAAAUUACUCGGGUAUGCUUCCGCUGCCCGCUCAUCCGGAAUCCCUGUGUUCCUCGUGCUACCGAAAGGGAACCCGUUGUGGGGUAGGGAGUAUAUACGACGAUGGUCUGAGUCGCAUGAGCUGUGCCCUGUUAAACUGUGCUCGUGCUCCUCUGGUCGAUGUUCCCAGCAUGCAUGGAUGUGUGAGAUUUUCAUGCCCGCCCGGUUUGGGCCCGUCUUCAUGUCACGAUUUGCAUGCAAUCACAAGAAAGCCAAGAGGGCUGACCCGAGGGAGCUCCGACUUGCAUUGUGGACUGUGCUUGAACAUUUCAUGAAUUCUGCAAUCUUUGGCUCACAGCAAUCCGCGUUGCCGAUUGCUUAA